AUGUCGACGCAGAAGAGCAAGAAGCGAAAGUUUGUUGCUGACGGCGUCUUCUACGCGGAGCUUAACGAACUGCUGACUCGGGAGCUUGCGGAGGAUGGCUACUCAGGCGUGGAAGUGCGUGUCACCCCAAUGCGCACAGAGAUCAUCAUUCGUGCAACCAGAACACAGAACGUGCUCGGAGAACAUGGCCGGAGGAUCAGGGAGUUGACGUCUGUGGUCCAAAAGCGGUUCGAGUUCUCCCAGGGCAGUGUGGAGCUGUAUGCUGAGAGGGUUGAGAACCGGGGCCUGUGUGCCAUUGCUCAGGCUGAGUCGCUCAGAUACAAGCUGUUGGGUGGCCUCGCUGUUCGCAGGGCCUGCUAUGGUGUGCUCAAGUUUGUGAUGGAGAGUGGGGCCAAGGGUUGCGAGGUCAUCGUGUCUGGGAAGCUCCGAGCCCAACGCGCCAAGGCCAUGAAGUUCAAAGACGGCUACAUGGUCUCUGCUGGUGACCCCACAAGGGAAUACGUCGACUCAGCAGUGCGCCAUGUGCUCUUGCGGCAAGGAGUGCUUGGGAUCAAGGUGAAAAUCAUGAAGGAUCAUGACCCCACAGGGAAGGCGGGUCCCAAGAGACAGCUUCCUGACGUCGUCAAGAUUCCGGAGCCCAAGGAAGAAGAGGUGGUAUCUGAUAAGCCAUACGUUGGCAAAGAGGCAGAGGGCGGCCUGAUCCCGCCGUCUGCCUCCUUGUAA